AUGAGGAUUUGCGUCGCCGACGGUGAGAGGGAACAGCACAAGCAGCUCAUGGACAACCUCGAGCGACGACUUCACGCCAACCACAUCGUCUUCUGGCUGCGAGAGAACUACAUGGUGGGCACGUCGGGGUCGUUGAGCAAGCGCAGCGUCUACAACCACUACCUCAACGUCACGAAGCAGGUGACCAAGAAGCCGCUCAUCUCGCCCACAUUUUUCGGGAAGCUCGUCAAGCGCGCCUUCCCCUCGAUCAAGUGCAACCGCAAGGGACCUCGCGGCCACACCAAGCAGCACUACACGCACCUCCAGCGCAUCUCGAUGAACCAGGAGGAGGAGCGCGCGUUCCCGACGGGCGACGAGAUCGGUCUCCUGCCGGACUCGCCCAGCGACGGCUCGGACGUGGGCGGCUUCAUGGACUCGCCCUGCAGCCCCGAGUCGGCCUCGAAGAUCUUCCUCUCGACCGGCAGCACGGGCUCGCUCUCGUUCGGCGAGAACGAGGAGAUGACCUACCUCUCGUGUCUCAUGCCCGGCAGCAACGGCUCGGCCACCAUGAUGAACCCGCAGCAGCACCAGCACCAGCAGCAGCCGGCCAUGGUGUGCACCGCUCCGGCCUCGCCCGGCGGCACGUCGUCUCGCUCGACCUCGCCCACGUCGUGGAUGUUCCUCUCCAACCCGGCUCAGCACUCCGAUAUGCUCGCCGACCAGCAGCCCGGCAUGGAGCUCCCCGUCAGCUCGUCGUCGAUGGCCGCCGUCUCGUCGCCUUCGUCGGGCUGCCUGUACUGCGUCGAGUGCCAGCAGGCGAGCAAGGCUGGUGUGGCCCAACCGGCCCUCCACGUCACCAACAUGCCCGCCGUGGAUGAUGCGGCCUACAUCAAGCAGGAGCCCCUCACCUGGCUGCCUGAGGAGAUGACCAGCCCCGCCUCGUCCGCCGAGUCGUCGUCCGUCUACAUGGCCCAGGCCUCGUCGUGCGGCACCUACUCAGCCUACCCGUCGAGCGGCCUCGAGCAGCUCCCGCUCUACGUGACGAUGCCCGCCGGCCUCACCAACCCCUCGUCGCCUCCCUCGGUCGAGAUAGCCUUGCCGCUCGAGGACGACUGGACCGCCUUCCUCAUGGACAACUAG